GCGACGUGACUUUCAGAAUUUGUCUUUCACUUUCACCCCCACCACCACCAAUGGAAAAGUGGGCAACCUAUGAAUUUACUGCUUUUUCAGGGCCAUCACGGCGACAGCCAUUUCCCUUUCAUCAGCUGCCAAUUCCUCUUUUCCCAGGUACCUUUCCUACCCUCCACCACCAAGUACGUACUAAAGCCAUUUGCCCAUAUACUUGUGUAAGUACUACCAGUUAACUCGCGCCUUGAUCACAUGUAAUGUUUGUUUUGUAUUAGAUAGAAAAGACAUGGAUUUAAAGGGCUUUGAUCCCUUUGGUAAGUAAGGUUGAUGCCUGUUUCCAACUUUCAUAGAACAACAUCUUCAAUGGCACCAAAACCACCAUUGUUUGUGAAUAUCACCUUGUAUAUCUUGAGCUCUAGCUAGGGUCACAGGGUUUUCUCCGCUUUCCGUGACAAAAAACAACAGCUCGCAAGAAAUUCGUUACAAAGUCGACAUAGAGGUGUGGUGGAACGACUGCGAAAGGUUUUAUAUUCGAAUCGAGUGGUCUCCCGUGCAUGCAACAACUUUCUUACUGAAACAUCCGAACUAUCAGAGGGUAGGACCACCAGACGCGUCUCUUUCUUUUGCACUCAAAGAACUUCAGCUCGAUCAGCCUAGAUAAAAUACUUCAUACAUACGAGGUUACAGUCUCGCGUUCGAGCUGCUUCGGUGAGCCUAGUUGCGAGUCUAAUUUGUGCAACGUAAGAAAGAGACCUGGAUGAUUCUCCACCGUGAGUCGCCAAUGGUUCACAAUAAUUCAAAUGCACACGAUUUCUUAGCGCGUAUAUAGAAGAUAGUCACCAGCAAGAAACGAUAAUCAACUACAUACAAGAAAUAGUAUCGACAUACCCAACCUCGAACCACGAUAAUCAACAUGUUACAUUAAACAAGUAUCAUUCAAUUAGGUUUCUCUCUUGGUUUAUAUAAUUUCACUAGGUCCACUAGAUGUGCCCAUCCUCCUCUGUCUGGUCUAUUAUGCAACCUGCUAGCUAAGCCAUAGCUAAGCAAUUGUAUAGCUCACAUUUCACAAAUCUGGUACUGAUAACACUAAUACAAGAGAUAAGCCCUUUUCUUUUCCUCCCCACAAUUCAUUACCAGUAUUAGCAAAAGAUUCCCCUUAACAAAGCUUUCCCUCACUGCUUCAAUUAUGACCCACUAAACCCCUCAUUCAAACCAAAAAGGACACCAUACCCUUAAUUGGCAAACUAACCCUAUCUUCUGCCCUGCAAUAAUAAGUUAUUACAUUGAAGACAAAACAAAAUUUUGCAAAGUGGGUUUUGAAAAUUGCUUGACUUGGACACCUGCCACCCUCAAGGUUUCAGCUCCAUUGCACAUAUUUGUGCACAAAAAGGGGCCACAAACAAAUGAAUUAUGUGGUGGAAAAAUUAGGAAUUUAAUUACUUCCAUUGGCUGGAAUCACCUAAUUAUUCUGAUUUCUGCAUCAGGCCAAGGAUUGGGCCUUAAUGGAUUGUAUACAUAUAUAUAUGUAGCUGAACACAAUUUGGCACUAUGUGGCUGGCUGCUGUUCUGUAGAAGAAUCAAAUGUUUCAUUUUUUGAAGAAAAAAAAAACUAUUUAAAUAAUAAUAAAGUUUGGAGAGAGGAGGAAAAGAACAAACAAUUCAGUGUAUUUUGUGGACACAAGGUAGGAAAUCAGUGGAGGAAAUUAAAAACAAGCUAGCUAGAAAGGUGUUACAUAUAAAUAUACCCAAACAUUAUCGAGAUUUUCUGCAGCAAACUAUUCCAUAUAUGCAACCAAAAUUACAGGUAGACUAGAAAUAAAUUAUAAAGGGGGAAAAAAUAAUGACUAGAGAGGUAGCUGCUGGGAAAAAGGGGAAUUCAUAAUUGAGAUGGCUGCUGGCAGCUGCUAGCUAUAGAGUAAUGUACAGCUAAGGAACAUUAACCCAAUUGGUUUCGUGUCAUAUAUAUAAUUGAGUUGAGAUUCAAAAUUACGACAGGUAAAGUUGAAUUUAGUGUCUUUCUGAUUCUAAAGUCUAGACAUUGCUCAUCGGCGUUGCAUAUGAUCGAGUUGGCAGGUCUCUAGUCUACUCUACUAAAAUUAAAAGGUAGUAUUCCCUAUGCUUACUUAAAGAAAACUUGCUCAUAAUAAUAUUAUAUAAUGACACUUACUUACUACUCAACAUAAUCAAUUCAAACCAUAAACCUAAACAUAAUUCAUUCAAAUUUUCAAGAAGAACAAAUAUCCAAGUACAUGGUAUGUUGGUGUUUCUAUUUAUUUAGUUUUAUUAAUUUCCUGAUGCAUGCAUCCUCAACUACCACUGUGGAGAUCCCAACAAAAGGACUGCCUACAGCAAGCCCAAAAAUUAAAUAGGAAAAUAAAGAUAAAAAGAAGCACAGAAUUGGUGACAGAGAAUGAGAGGGAUGGGAAGGUUAAAAAACAACAACAAGGGAGUGAUGUCAGAAAGCUUGGCAGAGAAAGCAAAGAGUGGUUAAAAAAUGAUGUCAUUUAAUAAGAAGGUUAAAAAAAUUUACCCAUUUGUUUAUUUAUCCACUGAAAUGUAGGAGGCAGAAGAAGAAGAAGGGUAAAGGUAGAAGAGGAGAAGAGAAGAUCAUCUCUUCUUCAAUGCUCCCAACAGGAAGAACUAUCAUCAUUGACACAUAAAAAGGAAAGUUUGGGAAUCUUCUCUGCCAAAAAAUCCCACCCCCACAAUGAUUCAAUUUCUUAUGGCAAAUAAUAACAACUACCCAAUAUUUAAAAAUCCAAUCUUUUGUUAGGUUUCCUACUUUGAAAAAUAGAAUGAAGGAAAAUAUUAAAAAAAUAAAUAAGCACACUGUUGUGUGGCCCUUUGCUUUUUCUUUCACUGUUUUGAUUGAGCCAUCAGAGUUCUAGUUAGUUGUUGAUCCAAAGGAAACUUACCUCAAUUUCUGCUACAGCCUACUACUGCUGCAUGGCUGCAGCAGCAAGCUAUAGAUCUCUGAUUUCUGCAUAUUGGAUUCUUCUUGGUUUAAGAAAAUGACACAAUAGUCACCAAAACUAACCACAACUCCCCAUUUCAUCACCCAAUUCCUUUCAAAAAUGAAGCAGAAUUCAUGAAAGAUGAAUCGAACCCACAUCCAGAAACCCAAGAACAAAGACAACCCACAUCUCGAAUCAGUGAACAAACACUGAAAGGUGAAACCUUUUCUCACCCCCACGGUAAAAAAGAUGAAAAGCUGAGAAGUAUAGUAAAGUGUAGUAUUUGUUUUUUUUUUUUACCAUGGCAGUUUGGGUAGCUUCCUGGUUGUCCCUUGGGAGUAAUUUUCUAAGCCCUGAGAGUGACAUGUUCUCCCACAGCUUUCUUGAGCUCUCCGGCCAUGGAAAUCAUGCUCCAUUAUUAGUGGGAAUUGAGAGUUUUAUAGCAGAGGAAAGUUCAAGAAAGCUGUGGAAUAGCAUGGCACGGGCUUCCCUUCCCUCGACAUAGUAAAAAAGAAGAGAUCUUUCACUUGGGUUUUCCUCUGUUGGGAGGUAAAGGAGAAGAGAAAUUGAGAAAGAGGGAGAUGGAGAUGGAGAUGGAGAAAGAGAGGUGGAAAGGGAGAAGGAGGAGGUAGGAUGCUGAAAGGGUCUUCUAGCAUAUGCCCAUCCUUAUAAGCAGAAGAAAAAAAAAUCUCAUAUGGACCACUCUAUACCUUGAGUAAUCUUUGUAAGCAGCUUUAUAGAGAGGGAAGAAGAAGUGGGGAGGUGAGAAGUUUUGUAGGGUUAACUUCCACUUCCUUUCCUUACCUUUCCCCAAUUUUUGACUUUUCUAUUUUGGCAGAAGUUUCCCACUUUUUUUUUUCAAAAAAGAAAAACAUUUUUACUGUCUGAGUUACAACAAAAGAUACAAAAUUUGAAUAGGAAAUAAUUUCCUACCUUUCUACUAGUGUGGUGACGGGUGAGUGCGAUGUGGGUUGGUCAAAAGACAAAUAUCGAAUUAUUUUAUAUAAAAUAGAAUUUCUUAUUAUUAUGUUUGUUAAGUGUAUAGGAUAAUUAUUGAUCAUGAUUAGUUAAUUCCUUUACUAAAAUUUGUUAAUGAUCAUGCAUGUAUGGUUGUUAUAGAGUUGAGAAAUAUUUUUCAUGACUCGCACAUCAUGCAUGUCUUUUUUUUUAUAGCACAUCAUGCAUGUCUUUGUGACUAAUUAUGAUAGAAAAUUUGUUAUAGAUAUAUUACUAAACAUGAAAAAACCACAAAAUAAUAACAUUUCUAUAAUGUCCCUAGAAUUUUAAACCGGUAUAGUACAAGAGCUAGGAGUACCACCACUCUAAAAUAAUACUAGCUUUAAAGUGUUUAUUUAGUUAUAUCACCAUAUACAUUCGUGCAUACGUUAAACUUUGACUUUGAUGUGAGGAAAAAGAGGUUGGAACUUGAGAGGCUUGGGAUUUGAAAUGGAGUCCCACAAAAUUCCUGCACAUGUACCUAGCCAGAUUACACGGGUGUUUUGACUGCUGUAUGUUUGACAAGUUUUCGACUUACUAAAACAAAAAAAUUACAUUCAUUUGUAAAAAGCAAGAUUUCAGCUUCGAAUUCGAUGACGUAAUUCGCGUGUAAAAACCGUAAAUAGUAUCGUUAAAUCAAACUCUAGAGUAACAAACAAUUACCAAGGGACACCAUGAAGGGCAUUCCCAUCCCCAUCACAUGGUGGCAUGUGCAUGAUAGCAAAGAUCUCUUCCCAUUACACAUUUUAUUUUCAUGAUUUGGUAGGGAAAGAAAAAAAAAACAAAGGUAUGGGUUUGUUUAUGGUCCACCAAUCCCUUGUGCUGUUUUCCUUACUAAUCAUGUAAUUAUAAUACUGUGUGAUUAUUGUCCAUAUUGGAAAAUUUUGUUUGGAAACAAUUUUUAUAAAUAUGAUAUGUACAACAUGGACAUUAUUACUUGUAUUAUAAUAAAAAAAAUACGAAAAAAUGUAUUGUGGGUAUUUAUUUGUAAGGUUGGCUGCCCUUAGAACAUGUCCUAUCUAUUAUUACCUAGUUACAGCUUACAUGCAUGUAUGUACCUCUGGUGGCCUUCUGUGAAAUCACUUCGUGUGUCCUUUAUUCCAAAAAGCUUCCUCUUUUUUAUUUUGAUAACAAUGGCUGGUGAUCGCUUUAGACCCCAGGACAACGAUGAUACAACAUGAACUUUUUAGUGGUACUUGGAUCGCCAAAAUAGUGUACCACAAUGGUAAAAGAAUAAAAGGAGAGGGAGUAAAAUGGUAAGUUACAGAGGGGGAAAACAUGCACUGAAUUUGGAGCUCGAUCAUUGAACUUUGAUUUUUAAUAACUGCGUAUAAGUAAGUCGGGAUAACUAAAAAUACAAUCGUUUUGUGUCCAUCAUCAUCAAGUUUUUCAUUCGAAUCGUCAAGAUCACUAUGUUAAUUCACACAAGUUAAUGAUAAAAAGGGGUCACGCAUACCCUUUACCCAACCACCUACAUGGAAAGGAGACAGAUUGAUUAUUAAAUAGGAUGGUUUGAGGUAAUACGAGAUAAGAUCGAGUAAUCUGUUGGAAUUGACGCUUGCACACCAGGCUAAGAUAAAUGAGUUGUCUUUUCAUGUGAUUUAAUCAAGGUCUUUUAUGUCGUAUUAUCAUUAGUAUUUUUGGCUCAUUUUUAUAUGACUCUGGUGAAAGACCCGAGAAAGAUAGAUAUUCCAAAAUAUAGCAACCAUUAGAUGUAUGGUGAAAGGGGGUGAAGCAAUGAGCUUAUAAGUGUACCCUACUAUUACCAAGUAAGAAUUUUUUUUUUCCCAAAUUAAUAUACGUUCUAAUAUACAACAUAUGGGAUUGAUAAGCUACACAUGAAGCUAACAUGUUGGGAUAUAUUUGCAUGUUGCUUGGGGGUGGGGGCACUCUAUAAUGUUUGCAUAAGAACUGAUUUUUUUAUGCAUUGCAAAUUUACAAUAAAAUACUACUUAUCACAACAAAAAAAGGAAAAAGGGUAAUUCACUUUAUUACUCCUAUAAUAAUUUGGGGAAAUUGGGGAGGGAAGAGGGAUAACAUAAAGAUAUUAUGAUCACAUGAUGAUAUGCUGUAAUGUUAGUGGCAAGUGGGCCUCCAGAAUGAAGGGAGGGAGAUGAUGUUGGGUUUGUGGGCCCCUUUUCCUCCCUUAAUAUCGGGCCCAAUCCACACAAUUUAAAUCGUUUCUUGCAUCUACUACUACACCUUAAAUUUUAGCUGGACUUGAUGGAAAAAAUAACAUUUUACAUUUGGUAGUAAUGGUUUUUGAUGUGGUUGUACUCGGUUGGAAUUGUAUUCAACAACAAUUUGGAAGGAGGGACAGUUCAUUGAAAUUAGCUCAACUAUGACGAUAACGGAUGAUUCAAGACAUACAGUCUGAUUUGUAUUUUUUUUUUUACGUACGUGCUAUCCUCGAUAAUUUUUUUGUUUCACCAUCGGUUUUGAGUCACUGUUGUGUGCGUUGAUAUGUUGUGGUUGUGGUGAGAGUACAACGCAAGUGGCCUAGCCUGCAAGUGCAAAAUGCAAUCUCUCUUCUGCAAACCAAUGUGCAGCUAAAUCGAAUUUUAAUCAUCUUUGAUAUAAUAUGACAGAAACUAUCAAUCAUAGUAUAAUCGGAAGCACGGACCACCGAUAAAAGUUGGAGCGAAAGUUGUUAAAGAUUGCAGUUAAUUGUCCAAACCGAAAUCUAUAGUUCACAACCUACAAAUCACUUGUGAUUUUGUAGCUGUAAGAGGGAUUCUCAACGACAAAUGGACAGUUACCGAUUCCACCAAUCACAUCCUUCGUUCGUCCGUCCGACGGUCCGUCCACCAAUGCGGCCAAACUUUUCGGCUUUUCCAUCUCACUGCUCGCCCCACCGGCGCCCAUAAAAACCAGGCUCAUGGGCGGGCCCCCGCCAACUCGAUUGGCCCCAUUUCAAAAGGCCCAGGCCCACCCCACCCACACCCCCAUCUGAUGAUAAGCCCCCUUCCCCAAACUCUCUUUCUUCAAAACGACCUCCAUCCAACUGUCAAGAACCACUUCAACUCUAUUGGUCACCAUAAUUCGAAAUCUACAAGAUAUAUAAAGGCAAAACAUGGGUUGAAAUUCCCCCAUUUCAAAUUUCGUGGCAUGAGAGUGAUUCUAGGAAGGUCAUUUUUGUCAUUGCACCCAGUUCAUCUCUAUAUAAUAAAAAUGUUAUCAUUGGGGUUCGAACCUUGGUCAAUUAAAUGAAGAAAUAACAUUAUAACCAGCUACGCUACUUAAUCUUAUUGUUAUUUUUUUUUAUUAAACUCUAGACAUAUGUUUGGUGAUGAUACUUCUAUAUUUAUAUUUUAUCUUAAGUUAUUUAUAUUUUAUAAAAAGAGAUUAGUUCUGAGAUUGAUCAAACAUUAAUAUUAAAUUGUAUCUGUAGUUUAGUUUAGACAAAAUACAGAAAUAUAACCAAUACAUGGACCUUUGUGACGAGUAUAUCCAUUUUUUGUGACAAAUAUACACAUAAUAUAAUGAUAAUUUUGGAAAAUGAGAGUUUCAUUUCAAAUUUCGUGGUCUGAGAUUGAUCCUAUGAAGUUCUUUUUCAUUAUUGCGCCCAAUUUAUCUUUAUAUUAUGUGUAGAUUGUCACAAAAAAUUACUAUAUUUGUCACAAGUUCCAUGUUUUGGCUAAACAUAUGUAUUUUAUCUAAACUGAACCAUAUAUACCAUUUUAUAUUUAAUGUGUGAAUCAAUAUUACUUGAGUUCCGAUUUCACAAUUAAUCAGUUUCUAUAAAAUAUAAUAAUUUCAGGUAAAAAUAGGAAGUGCAAUGUUUUAAGAUUUUUCAUUUCAAAUUUCAUGAAUUGAGAGUGAAAGUAGGAAGAGUAAGUUUGUCAUCACAAUUAUUUAUCUACUUCAUAUAAAAAGUAUCAAUAUCAAGAUUUGAGCCAUGGUCUAUUCAAACAAAAAGAAUAAUCACAACCAAUUACACUAAACAAAUUUAUUUUAUCUUAUUAAAUUAUAAACAUACACUACACGGAAAUUUGGAAAGUAGACGACUUUUCCAUCACUGUUAGCUAGCCUAUUAAAUCUUUCUGAAAAGCAAAGUUUAAUACGUGAUUUAUAAUUUUUUUAUAACCUAUACAAUUUUGGAUAAUCUUAAAAUUGCAACCCAAAUUUCGUUGCUUGAAAUAAUGCAUAUCAAAUUGCAGUAUUGAAUAUUCAAAAGUCAUGUAGAAUUCUUUAAAUUUAUGUAAAUUUUCAAAACUACUAUGAAGCAAUAAUAUUUUGUACAAACUAUAGGUGAAUGAUUCUCUAAAAUUUUAGUCUGGUUAACUGCUAAACUUUAUACCUAUUGCUAAUUUGGCAUGAAUGGAUCCAACAAUAAUGAGACAAUAUUGGGUUUAAUCUGAUGUUCAUUUCACCAUUUUUGGAUGUGUUAGAUCAAUUUAUAGGGUAUUAACAUAUAAAUGAGUUAUAAUUAACCUCAUGUUAUAGUGUUAACUCUUCAUAAUAAUUAAUUUAAUCUUAAUAUUUGUGAUGCUUGAUAUAUUUUAUCUAUGAUUUAGAGGUAUACUUAUUAUUUGCGACAUAAGUGAUAGUUGGUUCAAAUGUAGUAUUUAUUUCAUUAUGUAGUCAAAAUCGAAUACUGGAUGCAUUUAUGACUGUUUUUUUAUAUUGGUGUGAAUAGGUAGAAACUUAAUUAUUAGAAUGCAUAUAACUAUACCUAGGCACACGGUCGAGCUAGCACGACAUAGUUAGCGCAUACCAUGAAGACAAUAUAUGUGGAUCGGUUCUGUACAAACAUGAAUGCUUUAUGGGUUGCACUAGACCUAAACUUGAAGGGUUCGCGCAAAAGUGCGAACACCACACAGUCUAUAUUGGUGGAAAAGUCGUCUACUUUUCAAAUUUUCGUGUAGUGUAUGUUUACAAUUUCGGAUAAUCUUAAAAUUGCAACCCAAAUUUCGUUGCUUGAAAUAAUGCAUAUCAAAUUGCAGUAUUGAAUAUUCAAAAGUCAUGUAGAAUUCUUUAAAUUUAUGUAAAUUUUCAGAACUACUAUGAAGCAAUAAUAUUUUGUACAAACUAUAGGUGAAUGGUUCUCUAAAAUUUUAGUCUGGUUAACUGCUAAACUUUAUACCUAUUGCUAAUUUGGCAUGAAUGGAUCCAACAAUAAUGAGACAAUAUUGGGUUUAAUCUGAUGUUCAUUUCACCAUUUUUGGAUGUGUUAGAUCAAUUUAUAAGGCAUUAACAUAUAAAUGAGUUAUAAUUAACCUCAUGUUAUAGUGUUAACUCUUCAUAAUAAUUAAUUUUAUCUUAAUAUUUGUGAUGCUUGAUAUAUUUUAUCUAUGAUUUAGAGGUAUACUUAUUAUUUGCGACAUAAGUGAUAGUUGGUUCAAAUGUAGUAUUUAUUUCAUUUUGUAGUCAAAAUCGAAUAUUGGGUGCAUUUAUGGCUGUUUUUUUAUGUUGGUGUUGUGAAUAGGUAGAAAUUUAAUUAUUAGAAUGCAUAUAACUAUACCUAGGCACAUGGUCGAGCUAGCACGACAUAGUUAGCGCAUACCAUGAAGACAAUAUAUGUGGAUCGGUUCUCUACAAACAUGAAUGCUUCAUGGGUUGCACUAGACCUAAACUUUAAGGGUUCGCGCACAAGUGCGAACACCACACAGUCUAUAUUGGUGAACUCAUGUUUUUUGGAGAAUGUGCCAUUUGAUAAUAAUAAAAUAAAAUAAUAUAUAAAAUUUGAAAUAAUGAGUAGUUUUUAACAUCAAUGUGUGACGGCUCUCAUUUUAAAAGGUUUAUAUAAUAUAUUAUUGUUUAUUUUGAGACUCAAACCUUUUCCAAUUUAUGCAACUAAACACUCAUUUAUAAAAUCGUUCUUGAUUAACUUCAUAGCAAAAAAAAUCUUUUUUACGGCUUGCAGUAAUAACAAACAACGUCAACAAUAAUUUUAGAAGCAAGUAAAGUGAAGAAGAAAUUGAGAUUUAGUAUCUCUUUGCAAAUGUGUGUGUUUGGGGGGGGGGGGGGGGGGGGGGGGGGGUUUUUAUUGGUCCAAAAUAUUUGAGGAAAGGGUUGAAAUUCAUAUAUAAUUUUUUUCGAAUAUUGCAUAUUGAAUAUGAGUAUUGAAAAUUUGGAAGCGAUAUAUAAUUCUUAAAUUAGUAUUAAUUUUCAGCCCGAUUGACCAAUAGUCUUAGACCUCUUGCUAAACUGACAUUAUUGGAUUCAAUAAUCAUAAGAUGAGAUUUAGUUUGAUAUGUUGGUUCAAACCAUUUUUUUAUGUGUAAUGAAUUUGUACAACAAAUACAUGUAAAUAAGUGAAGAUGAACCUAAUUAUGCAUUUUGAUUCUUUUGAUAAAUAAAAUAGUUUAAGCGAUGAACUAACUAUACGCUCACUGAAUUGAUUUAACGAGUAUUGUUUUUAUCACUUUUAGUAAUUAGUUUAUUCACAAGCUAUCAAACUACUUUGCUCCGUCGAGGAAUAAGCGGCCAUCUGUUCGCCAGGUUUCAGGUGGUUUGAUUCACACUAUCGACUGUGAAUGAAGAAUAAGCAUUUCGAACGCAAAAUUGGAGAAGUAAUUGAGAUGUUUCUAGGUUUCUCUCGAUUCCAGGCGGUGGGAAGAAAGAGGAAGGGAAUGGGGAGAGUGGUGAGAUUCAAGCUCAGAGGGUAAGGAAGAGGAAGACAAAGAGAGAGUGAGAACACAUUUACAAGAGGGGAAAAAUUAUGUAGAGUGAUAUAAUUGUCUUUCUCCUUUGCUUAGAGGGUAUUGUUAGCCCUCUUCUAUUGAGUUUUGAUUUAUUUUAGGGGAUGACAUUAUAUUUGACAUUUUUUUUCCAUUUCAAUAAAAAAAUCCUAAAUCAAUAAUAUCAUUUGAAUGCUCUCUAUUGGAAAAAACUUAAAGGACAUACUUCUUUCAUCCUAAAGGUUGAUUAUGUAUGUAAUAUGAGAAGCAACUCUAAUAUUCAAUUAUAUAGUUUAAUUAAAUAAUGAAUGACAAUUAGUUAUAUUUAUUUCAUUUUUCAUAAAGUAAUUAUAUGUAAUGUUUAUAUAAUUUUUCCCCCUCUUUUCAUGUAGGUCUAAACACUUUAUGCAUAACUGGAUCACUUUCAAAGAUGUUAUGUGCAUAACUAAGGUACAAAACAAUCACUUCAUGCAUUUUAAAUCAUGUAUUAUAUCCAUUAUUGUAUAUCAUAUUACCCGACAAAUUUUUUCCGGCCAACGGGCCGAGCCCUGUGCUAGUGUUGGAAGAUGUUAAAUAUAAAAUAUGUUAGAGAAAAAUAUUGAUUAUUUCUAGACAAAAUAUAUUUGCAUGCGUAUAAUCGGGCGGGUUCGGGUAAGAUAGUGAGAAAACCAUGUCCACCCAUUACUCGCGAUAUUCGAGUUCGAGUUUUACCCUACCUGAUUAGGUUGGAUUCUGACGGAUAUCCACGAAUACGGAUAUUUUUGCCAUCUCUACUCGGAAGACAUUUCGAUCACAGAAUGCGUUGAUACCAUAUCAAGACCGAGUUAGAUUUAACACCUCGAAUUACUAAGAGAAGUUCAAUGACAGCGCUAGGAAUCUGAAUAAGGGAAGGCUAAUUAAAAUCGUGGUAAUUGACUAGAGGGAUUAAGACCUUGCCGCCUAUUCUAUUUAUAAAUUUUUUAAGAAUUUUACUCGUAAUUUUACAUACGUCAAUAAUUUCAACCUAACUUCACCAAGAUCAAUUACCCAUCUUAAUUCACCGUUGUCAAAUCGCAGUUGUCACCGCCGGUAACAUAUAAUUCACCGCCCUUUUCCAACUUUUCUAAUGACUUGCUGCCAUGAAGUCGUCGUUUUCCUUGUAUUCCCUCCCGCUUUUGCUGUUGCAUUCAUCAGAAAGAGUUUGGGAACAUAUGUCAUGUGAGUGACUCUGUUUCCUGGCAAACCACUUUGUUGCCCUUUACUCUGUUUCCGUCGGCAGCCGCAGCAGCAAGCAUCGUCUGGCGCCACCGCUGUGGCCUUUCUUCUUUACUGGCUGGGCUGCAGUACUACUGAGUUUCGAUAUCCCCACACAAACAGGACGACAGUGGCUUCAGAAGUUUUUUUCUCUUAUACUACACGCAUGAUGAUUGACAACCAGUAUUGGAGCUUUUUGGAAAUGUACCCAUCGUAUGAACAGAGGUAUUUGGAGAGCGGGUACAGUUUCGUUUUGUAGUUUGUACGACGACCGCCCCAAAAUUUGUUGCGAAAUACUCUUAAAUGGUUCGAUUUGGAAUGGAUGUACAAUUGGAGGACCAAAAUGAACUUAUGGAACCAAUUAACCGUUUUGGUAUAUUAAGUAGGGCUGGGAAAAUAGAACAGACAAUUUGAAAAACCGUAGAUCAAACCGAACCGCAUAGUUUGGUCCAGACCGUAGACCGUUAAGAAUGGUUUGGUCUGGUCCAUGGUCAGUAUUAUAGGAUGUAUUGAUUUAUUGGUCUGUUCUAGUCGCUGUUUACCGGACCAAACCGUGAACCCAACCCACUUCCCAAUUCAUGUUAGGAGCUCACUCGACCACUCUCCCAACUCUUCAACGAGACCCGAGUCUCAACCUUAGUUUUGCGAAUAUCAUCCAGGCUUUCAUUCAUAAACCCCAAUCAUGCAUAGAGUAGAGACAAUGGUGUCUUCAUAUGAAAUUAUGUUAACAUUUAUCAAGUUACGGUGCAAAUUGAGUUGGUCUAACUUUGUGUCCUUGUUAUUUUCUUGGAUUUAUCGUAUCAAAAUUAUGUAUGUGUGUUUUAAUUUAUGUUUUAGGGGAAAACUCAUUAUUUUUCUCGGUUAUUGGUUCGAUUUUUUGUGUGGUUGACUAAAAAAAAUGUUGGUUUAAUUCACCUGCAUAGCCAUAACUUUAACGAUUUUGACAAUUAUAGCCACUUUUCAAAAAAUACACAAUAGUAACCACAUUUUAGAAAUUCGUUUGAAAAAAUUAGCUAUUUUCGUUAGAAACUUUAACAUCGUUAACAAGAUGCUGAUGUGGAUGUCACCUUAACUCCCACAUCAGCUCCAACAUACCAAGUCAUGCCACCUGACUGCGACAUCAGAUUUUGAAUUAAAAUAAAUAAUUUAAUUUUCAUAAAACACUCAUGGUGAAAAAUCAACGUCGAUCAGAUCUAGGUUUCCAAAAUCCAAUUUUCCUGCCACACCCACCAUCUCCAUUAUCGACUAGAGUGAAGAUGAAAACAUCAAAACACUGCCUCGUCGCCGCACCCACCAAUAUAGCUGCCGCGAGGAAGUUUUGUCUCCUCCGACUGCUCCGACUUUCCAGAUCUCGCAAAACCAGAGCUCAGAGCUCUGCCCCUUCAAUAGCGGUUCUCAAAACCGAUUUCUGGUUACCCUUGCGGUGGAGAUGAGAGUUGGGUAGGAGGAGAAUACGCAAACAGAGGUAAGGAGGAGAGGCGGUAGAUCGAAGGGAGCGGCGGUGGAGGAGGAUUGGCGGAUAAUGGACGAGGGAGGGUUUCAAAUUUGGGUUUUUAUUUUUGUUUUCCAUGGAGAGGGUUUCGUGAGAAAUACAUGGUUCCCAUCUGGAGGGAAUGAGCUCUAGCAGCCGGAAUCAGGGUCAGAUCUUGGGCGUCGCUCUCUCCUCCUAUUGUUCUCCAGCGACGGUGCAGCCUAAAGUGGGAUGGAUGUGAUUGACAAAGGGAUAUCUGGAGUGAAUGAAUACUUUGAUCGAUGGAGGGAAGGGAACGAUGGUCUGAUGAAGUGGUUGGGUUCGUUGACUGGUUGGAGUGAACAAAGAAGAAGAAGAAGAAGAAGAAGAAGAAGAAGAGGGAAGUAAGGUGGGGAAUCGGCAAAGUUGGGGAACCUCGGAGCUCUCCCUCUUUCUCCCCUCGUCGUACCAAAUCUCAAAACCAGCUCUAGCACGACUGUAAUCGAAGGGACAAAGGUUCAAUCUGCUCUUUCUCGACGACGCCCCAGAUCUAGCGCUAAUAACUUGGGUAAGCGAAGAUGGGUCGCUCUCCCAUUUCUAGGGAUUUCACAAUGGCGCUGGCAGCCGAUCCUAGGAACUAAAGGACGACAGAGGGUGGUGGCACUUAGUAAUUGGAGAAGAUAAAGAAGAUGAAGAGAGACAAUCUUCGGGGAAGAUGAAUCAGCAAACGAACGGGAUGAAGAAUAAAGUGGGGGAAUGGGGGUAGUUUCAGCUCCUUUUUCUUUGUUUUACUUUUAUUUAUUUAUGUAAUUAAUUUAAUAAAAAGGGAACAUUUCCACCUGUAAUUGUUUUUGACGAAAAGUUUCCAUGUCAUUAGAAAACGUUAAUCCAGUCAGAAUAUCUCACUGUAUCGUUAAAGUUAUUAACGGAAUGGUUAUUUUUGUGUAUUUUCAAAAAUUGGUUAUAUUUGUCAAAAUCGUGAAAGUUAUGGCUACGCAGGUGAAUUAAACAAAAAAUGUUAAAUUUUCGCUAAGCUUGGUUCACAUGGUACAGACAGUACCGGACAAGACCGCACAUGUGUGGUCUGGUCUGGUUCAUGGUUUAUGUUUCAACUUCUCGGUUUGGACCAUAAACCGUAUGUAUGGUCUGAUAUGGAACAGACCGCACCGUUCCCUAGCACUAAAAUUAUUAAGCGUAGAAUUUAGGGAGAAUUGGAGGACGAGCGAAGGAAAAAAAGAUAGAAUGUUUCGCGGUCUUUAGAGAGUGGGCCGAAUGAGGAUUUGGGAAAGAGGAGAGACUAGGGUUUGGAAAUUGGAGUUAAUUCUUCUGUACUUGUAUUUUGAUUUAAUUUUUUAAAUUAUUACAUAAUGUAAAAGACCGAUAGUUUUCUUAGAUGAUUUGUGGGUGUUGGUAAGGUGGAUUUGGUUGCUAUCUGCUUCUUCUUUUUGAUUGGGUAUUUCUCGAGUUGUUGGGGUUUCUUUUCAGCUAUAUAUUCAUUCAGUUCAGUCAUGGAGGGUUCGAAGCUUGAGGGUGUUUCACCUAAGUUGAAUGGAAAAAAAUUUCCUCUUUGGGAGAUGCAGUUUCGGGUUUAUAUUCAAGGGAAACGGCUGCUACCUAUUCUGACGGGUCCUCUCCGGAGCCGGGGGAAUCUGCCACGGCUAAAGCUUGGCAAGACUGGGCAAUUGAUAAUGCUCAGGUCAUCUCAUCGAUUCUGACGUCUGUUGACCCGUUGAUGGCUCUCAGCUUACGCGGCUUUACCACUGCAGCUGCUAUGUGGAAACAUCUGCAUGACAUUCACUCCCAGUCCAAUGCGUCGAGGAAAUUAUAACUAGAAAUUGAGCUUGCCUCCUUGCAACAGGGGGAUUUGGAUAUCCGAUCUUAUUACCAGGCUGCCCUAAACCUCUGGACUGAACAAGAUUUAUUGACGGCUUCAUUGGUGUCGGCAGCAGCCUCAGCUGAGGUUCUUAAAGAGCGAGCCACGUCUCGUCUCAUCCACUUCUUAAUUAAACUCAAUCCGGCUUUCGAGGGCAUUUGUUCCUCUCUGCUUCAUCGCAAUGUUGGCUCCAUUGAGGAUGUGCUGGGAGAGUUAGUACGCGAACAUAUGCGUCUUCGAAGCCAGGCAAAGCUCGACCUGCAUGCCUCGGAUUCUGGAGUGGUGUUUGCUGUACAGUCGGGUUGGCCCCAGUUUGGCCGGACCCCAUCGGGAGAGAUUAUUUGUUACCAUUGUAAGGAGCCUGGCCACGUUCAAGUUCGGUGCCCUAAGCGAAUCAUCUGCAACUACUGCAAAACUCAGGGGCAUGUCAUUGGUGAUUGUUCCAUUCUAGCUCGUCGUGGUCGUGCUCGUGGAGGGUCUGAUGCUCGGCCAUCAUCUCAUGGUGAUAGCAAUUCAGGGGCUAACUUCAGACAUGUUGCUGGUCGUGGAUCCUCAGGUGGUGCCUUUGCUGCUACUUAUGCUCCACCUAUGGUCACUUCGUCUUCUGCCACCGUGAGCUCGUCUGGAGUCUCUUCGGAGGAGAUUCGCCGUCUCAUCCGAGAGGCAUUAUAGGAGAUGACUUCCCCAUCCGAUACUACUGCUUAUGCUACGGGUAAUUCUUCUUCCACUCUCUCCUCUUGGCAUAUGUAUUUCGCGGCUGUCAAUCACAUGACCAGUGAUCGGUCGUCUCUCUCUCAUAUUCGUCCUAGUUCAGGAAUUAUAUUACAGGUAGCAGAUGGGUCUCAUAUUUUUGUUGAUGGUAUCGAGACUGCUCGGAGUAAAGAAAAAGAGCUUCCCCGUACUUUUUAUGUUCCCAAAUUGGUGCCGAACUUGGUGUCAGUGGGUCAACUAGCAGAUGAGGGUUGUAGAGUUCUGUUUGAUGCCCAUGGUUGCACUGUGCAGGACACGGUGACGGGCCAGGAGAUCGGGAGAGGACAUAAGCAUGGACGUGUGUAUGUGCUUGAUGAUUUCACUCGCCAACCCGUUGAUCGUGGGAGGCAGCUCGAGGUGACCAGUGAGAUCGCACAACAUAUGCGUUCGUCAGAUGCGGCAUUGCAACCCAGUUCAACUUUGUCUUUUUGUAACUCUGGUUAUUCAGUACACUUGUCGGAUUGGGAUUUGUGGCAUUAUCGAUUAGGACAUCCUCAUAAGUCGAGAUUGUUUGAUAUGUUUAAGAAUAAUUGGUUAUCUGGCAC